AUGUUUAGAUCUGUGAUAGCCCAACAACGAUUUGUUCUUCCAAGAUUGGCCAUUCACCCAAGAAUACUGCGCUCAAUUCUUUUUUGCCCAUCAAACUCUUUCCAUUCCUCAUCACAAUGCUUGGCCAAAAGAAAGAAUAAGAAAAGUAGCAAUAAAAACGACGAAGAAUUAGAUUCUUCAGAAAAAGCUGAUGAAAAUGCCGAAGUUACUAUUGAUUUUCAGAAAGUUACAUCAAAUUUUGAUAAUGUUUUGUCUAAAUUCAAUAAGGCAGCUACAGAUAUCAAGUUGGGUAAGCUCAAUCCUAAGAUUUUUGACAAUUUGGAAGUUAACAUUGGCAACCAUGGACAUGAAGAAUUGGUCCCAUUUACAUCUGUUGCACAAACUUCUGUAAAAGGAAGAAACUUUAUUAUCAACUUGUUUGAUGCUGGUUACGGUAAACAUGUCAUCAACUCCAUUAUAGGAUCAGGAUUGAAUAUGAGCGGUACUAUUGACCCUACUAAUAAAUUUCAAAUUAAAGUACCUAUUCCAAAUAUAACUACAGAGACUAAACAAGAAAAUAUCAAACAAUUGAAAGAAAUUUUCGAAAAUCUUAAGAAUAAUCAUAAAUCAAAUUCUUUAAAUUACGUUAGAAGUGAAGCUAGAAACAAAUUUCAAUCAUCAUUAAAACAUAAUAAAAUUAGUGAUAGUCAACACCAACUUUUGAAGAAAUUAGAGACUUUACACAAAACUUAUGUAGAUAAGUUAACUGAUGCAUUCAAGCAAGCUGAAAAAAGUAUUCUUAAAUAG